AUGGAGUUAUUGUCACUCCUCUUCGUUGUAGUAACGAGACGUAGCGACCACAUUGUCAGAGAAGCGGCGGUAAUUCGCACAAAACACAACAGAUCACGUAUUUCACCAAGUUACAGCAGGUUGCUCUGCAGUGACCCACUAGUGUAAACUCGAGGGCUGUGAUAAACAUCUAACCAGAGCGCUGCACCUUGAUUUUAAGUAAUGUCUUGUGUCUAUUAGCUUCAAUAAGCACUUUGUACUGUUGUCAAGCCGUGCUGAAACUGUGCAUACACGUAUGAGUGAAAAGACGAGCCCCACGUGAGUCAGGGGGGAACAGGAAGAUGUCAGGACAGCAAAGGCACUGGACAGUGUCAAAUGACACCAAACAGCUCCUGGAUGAGGUCAAAAGUCUUCACGAGCAGAGGUUGAGAUGGGUGGCGCUGGACACCACUGCAACCCGAGAACAACUGCUGCAGAUGAAAGAGGAUUUCCUGCAGUCUUACGUGAAUGACCUCACAGACCAGAACCAGUUACUGCUUCAGACCAUUGAGGAACUGCAGACGGGAGCCGACCCCCUUUCCAAAUCGUGCCUGAUUCAACCGAGGACAAGCCUAGAGCUUCGUCGGCAUCUUCAACAUCUGCGGUCAGACAUCAGUUCCAUCACACAACUCAUCCACCAAACUGGACAAAUGCACAACAUUGAUGCCGAGGCCAAAAUGGUGUCACUGAGGAGCGAGCUCAGCACCUUAUUGGAGAGAAGAAUGGAUGAGAGAGAGGCGAGGGUUAACCAGCUCACCAAAGAGCUUAAUGGUGUGAAGCAGGAGAUAAAAGACAGAGAUGAAAACGUGAGGUGCCUGAACCGGGAUGUGGCGGGUUUGCAAGCGUCGCAGGAAAAUCUGCAGAGAACCUUGGCUCUUAAGGAGAAACACACACAACAGCUGGCCCAGGCCAACACACAGCUCAAAGAGACACUGACCUCACUGCAGAGCAAAUUACAAACGAGUGAGUCCAAGUUGCAGGACAUCAGUGAAACUCUGGAUCAGACCAGAAACGGCCUGAGUACAGAAACCCAGCAGAAACAGCAGAUCCAGGACCAGUUGCAUCAUGGCAACAAAGUCAUCGAGCAUCUUCAGCAGAAACUGACUCAUGUUCUUCGCACCACUGAAAAAAAGAUGCAGAGGAGGGAGGUGAAGAUAAGUUUGCUGGUGAAGGAGCUCGCGGAGCGUAAGAAGCAGCACUCUGACUGUCAACAAGAGGUGCUUCAAAGAGACGAGGAUUUGGAGAAGCUCUACCAGGUGAGGGAUGAGUUCAGAGCCAAGAUGGAGGAGCAGAGCAGAGAGUGUGUCCACCUUAACCAGGCCAAAGAGAGACUGGAGGCUGACUUGGCUCUGAGCCAUGAGAAACUCCACAUCUCCCACCUCGAGGUUCGGAGCAGAGAACAGUUAAUUCUGCAGUUAAGAGAUGAAAUGAAGACGGCUGAACAAACGUAUCAAAGGACACAAGAACAGGUGGCAGCACUAGAGUCUGAGGUGAGACAGUUGAACCACAAAGUCAGAGAACACCGAGAAGAGGCUUGUCAGUUGAGCAGAAAGGUCAGCGAUGCAGAGCACCUUAAAAACCAGAAGGAGACGGAGCAACAGCAGCUACAGGAUCAGCUCUGUAUUAAUCAGCAACAGGUUGAGGCAUCUGAGGUGAAUCUAAAGAAGCAGAAGGAUGAGAUAGGACUUCUCCAUCAGCAGCUGAAAAGAGCCAAGGAGGAGCUUAAAGAUGCCAGGCUGCAAAUCCAAGAGCAGAAAGAAACCGUGGCAAUUUCCAAGCAGAAGUAUGCUGCAGCAAUAGAGAAGGUUCACAAGGUGCAGGGGCAGGUGGAACUUUUAGAAGUUGAACUCCAGUAUUCACAGCAACAGCUAAGAGAGUCCCAAUUAGAGGCUCAGUCACUAAGGCGAGAGCAAGCUGAGCUGGAGCAGCGACGCAGAGAAAAGGUGGGCCAAUGGGAGCGCUCACAGGAGGCUUUUGACCAGCUGAUGGAUGAGCUCCAGGCCAAUCAGAGCCUACUGACCGAGUGUCAGCAAAGAGUAGACCACUUUAAAAGCCUUUCAGCAUCGCUGCAGGAGCAAGGGGCCGUUCUCAAACAAGAGAAGCGAGUGUUGGAAUGUGACCUACGGCUACAUCAACAGAGUCAUUCUCAUUCUGAUGAGGAAUAUUUCAGCCUGCAAAGACACAGGCUGCAGCUCCAGAAGCGCUGUACUGAGCAGGCUGAGCGCAUUGCGGUGUGUGAAAAGGCUAUUCUUCAGAUGAAGUCAGAGCUGGAGAGACAAACCGAGGAGAAUGCAGUCCUGAAGCAAAGUGUUGCACAUUCUCAGCGCGCGCACCUGAGCGAUCGCAGCCAACUGGAAAAGGAAGUGACACAUCUGAAAAACGAAGUCAAGCGGUUAGAGCUGGAGCUGGCAGACACCCAAAAGAUACGUGUGACACUCCUCAGACAGUCAGAGGAGGAGCUGGAGGAGGCCCGGCUGGAGGCUGCAAGAGGGAGCAGGGAGACGGACGUACAGAGAGCCGAGCUGCAGAGGCUUCAGGAGAAGUUACAGAAGGAGGAGGAGAAGAUGAGAAGUGCCUCCAGAGAGAAACAGAGCCUGAACGCUUGCGUCAGGCGGCUGAGCCAAGAGCUGGAUGAGCUACACGGCAAAUACCAAGUGACAGUGGAGGAUUUGGCAGCCCGGGCAGAGGAAGUGAGGCGGAUGGAGGGAAGCCUGAGCGAGGGAAAGCAAGCAGAGGAGAAAAUAAGGUCAGUGGCUAUGAAGCUGGAGACUGAGGUGGCAGAGCUGAGGAAGAGCCUUCAACAGGCUGUCAAUCAGAAACUCAAGGCAGAGAGAGACAAACAAGAUGCACAGGACCAGGUGGAUAAACUGCGGUCAGAUCUGGAGGGGACACGGUCUGACCAUGCAAACCUUCGCCAUGAGAGCCAGCUGGUCAUGACCAACAUCAACCAUUGGAUGACUGAACAAAAGGCUGCCAGUGAAAAACUCACUGCUCAGAUGAAGGCCCAAAACAAACUGCAGCUCAUUGUCGCUAAAGAGAAAGAACAUCUUCAGGAGGCUAAUGACACAUUGAAGGUGGAGGUAAAGAGACUGAAAGAAGUGGCGGAUGUGAAGGAGAGAGACAUGGAACGCUUCAAGGCCCACAUGCGAGAGCGAGGCAUCUGGCAAGAUGAGAGAACCAUGGAAAAUCAGACUUUUGUGGCUCUGAACCUCGGCAAAAUUGAGCAAAUGCAGACCAGACUGCGAAGCAACCUGGAGGCCAUUGCAAUGCUAAAUCAACAAUUAAACGCCGUCAGCGGGGAGAAUACACAGUUGCGCAGGCAGCUGGAGGUGGAGAGGUCCAUGCGUAGAGAAGCGGAGCGACGGCUGCCUCCUCCUCUCAACCCACAGCACUGCUCUUCCAUCCACCUCCCCGUCUCCCUCGUAGCCCUCCCGCCUCCUCUCUCCACCUCCUUCCCUUCAUCCCCCCGUCUCCCUAAUCCCCUGGGUUUGGACCCAGCGAGAGGCCACACCAAUGGGAGACUCACACAAACCAAGCUGAGUACAGCUGUGCCAGAGAAACCAGGUGAGUCCCAGGCUUUGUCUGAAGCCUUCUGGAUGUCUCCACCACUCUCGGAGACGCAUGGUCUGGGAGAACAAGCCAGGAUCUGACCAAAUGAAGCCCCCUGAAGACUUUGACCUGUCAUGACUUUUUGACCUCAGCCUUCUCACUGGGGAGUGAAUUCAGCAAGAGGUUAAUGUCCUGCAGGUCAAAGUCAAGUCCCCCGGUGCUUUUUGCCUGAGGGGGCCUACAGAACCAGCAGAUGAUGGAAUUUACUGAAAUCGUCAAAAGUCAAGUAAAAAAAAAAAAGAAACACCUCUUCCGCUCUGCCAUGAAGAGAUUUACUCUGAGAUUUACGACUAAAAGAAGCAAAUGGUUUCAUUCUCAAAAUGUUAAAACACAUCAGACAAAGGUACAGUCGUAAUACUUCUUCAAGUAAUGACCUUGUUUUGUGACAAAACUGGAGCACUAAGCCCUUUUUUUUUUCUUUUUUUCUCUUCAUUGACUGCACCUAACAGUGAAAACUCCAGCAGUUUUGAUGAAGAUUUAAAUUUAUCAGUCGGCAAACGAACUAAACAACAAAAGGCGCUUAUUCCCAUGCACUGAAAGAAAAAAUCUGUUGAAUUUACAUGAAAAAAGUAUGGACAUCGGUUGCACACAAAAAAAUCAUGUUAUGCCAACAUGAAUAUUGCACAUAA